AUGCGGCACCGCCUCUCGCGGUCCAGCCGGAAGUUUGUUUCCGCCGCGGGGUCUUCUGGGACGUGUAGUGUGGCCUGGGAGCGCCAUAGGGCCGAUCGGUUGGCCUUGAUCGCUCAGGUCCGGGCGAGGGGUGGCUGCGGUGCGUCCGCCGCAGAGUCGCGGAGACCAGAACACCUGGCCGGCGGAAGGGAUGAUAGAGCGGAGUCUGAGGAGCCUGAAGAAGAGGCAUCCCAGGGCCCUGACAGCAGCCAGGCCUGUUGGGGAGAAGGGCAUGGGGGUGACCCUCCUGCCGCACAAGCUACCCAGCCAGCUUUAGCAUUUACUGGGGACAAACAGAAAGAAGAGCCAGAGGACCUAGAAUCCCUGGCGGAGGUCUGUGCUGUUUGGAUUGGUGUGAUCCUGCCUUCAACAUUGCCCCUCUUUCAAGACCUUACCCACUUUGAGAACGAACAGGACUGGAGUAAAGGCAAAGAUCUGUCCUUCCCUAAGAGGGACCCAGGGCCACAGGCACUGGUCAAGACUAUUGAUUGUUCUAAACUCUCUAGCGUGAGUGUAAAAAGACAGUUGUAUUGCCCUGGACUUCCUGCUGGCCAGUACAGGGACUGUAUGUGCAGUUGCCAACACUUCUUGCCACACUUGGAUCAAUGAAUCAGGGAAAGCAGAGCAACCCAUUUCCCACCCUAGAAAGAAGGUAAUAUGGCUCUGUAAGGUUGAUCCCGAUGACAGCCGGAACAUAUUUAGCUGACUUGGCUCCAGAUUAGGCCUACUGCAAGUCACAGUUGUUGUCACUAUAUUGCUUAAGACAAUAGAACAUAUUUGGUCCAAGCCCCUGUCUGUACAAUUAGUGUAUCUAAUGGGGUAGCCUAUGAUCCUGAGAAUUCUUAGCUGGAUACUGAAAAGUCAGGGGGUAGAGUUGUAAGGAAUGGCUCCACCAUGCCAACAUGGCCACCUUGCAUGUACCCAUGCAGGCAAAGGUUUGAAAUACAGCUUAUCUGAGUCUUGGCAGAAUGCCUUAUGAUUCUCGCAGAAUAUGAGAGGAUGGGAGGCCAGUAAGGAAUUGUUGCCAGGCUAUCUCCCAUUUGCCUCCUUAUGU